AUGGUAGUGUGGUGGGCAGGUAAACAGUUUCAUAUCAUCCUUCUACUCAUUUUCCAAUCUAAUCUUUUCCUUUUUCUUGUCGCUAUUUCUUUGACCACCAUCUUAUUUUUCAUUUCUUCCCAUUGCUUGCCUGUUUUACUUAUUUUUUCUUUUCUUUCAUUUUUUUCAUUCAAUUUUCUCUUCUUCCCUUCCAUCCUUCUUUUUAGUUUCUUUAUUUUUUUUUCUUUAUUUUUUCCGCAUAUUUUGAUCUUGACGUGUAUUUCCUUCAUUCCCAUCUUUCCUUCGUUAUUUCAUAUUAUUUUAUUUUCAUUUAUUCUUGCCUUUUCGUCUUUUCUUACUUUUCACAUGUUCCUCUUUUUCCUUACAUUUUUUUCUUCUUUCAUUUUAUUCAUUCUUUCUCUUCCAUCUGUCUUCUCUCCUCUUCUUUCUUCUACUUUACAUUCCAUUCUUGCGUCUCUUUUAUUCAUUGAGUCCCAAUAUCUCAAAUGCUUCCCUUUCUUCUUUUUUGCCUUUCCAUUUUUAUUCCUUUCUUUUUAUUUGUUCUUUCUUUUUCACCUGACUUCUCCCACUUCCUUCAACUUUUGGUCUCUCUACUUCCUUCCUCUUCUUUCCCGAACACUCGUCUUUCUUUUCUCGGGUCUUUUGGUAUUUCCAUUUCCUUCUUUCUUUCCUGUAAUUUUCAUUCUCUUCACUUCCUUCUUUUCUAUUUGUCCUUCCAUUUUGCUUUAA